UUUGAGCAAAGUCAUUUUUAAAAAAUAUUUAAAGGUUAUUUGUCUGUGGUGGCCAUCUUGAAUUGAUUCAAACUAAUCAGUUGAAGGUGUUAAUCCAACUGCCUGUAAGUUUACUUUAAGCCUGUCCAGUGGUUGAUGAGAUAUUUUGCUAACAAACACACACAGAGACAAUAUGUUUUUUUUUUUUCCUGUGGGUAAAUUUAAUUUAUUUACCAACAUUCAGGAUAAAAACCGCAACGUGUGUUGAUCAAGUGCCUUCAGGGGAGCUGAAACCUGACGGGGUUUUGGGGAAGAAUACACUUGCGGACUGACCUCGGACACGCUCCCCUGUUGCAUGGGGCCCCCCGGGGUCCCCCCCUCCACUGAACCCUCCCUCCCCCCUGCAGUGGGACCAAUAGAGACGCUGCACCUGUAUCCAGUGCGCCUGUCCCGUUUGGAACAAAGUUGGCAGCGCAAAGCGUAACGCUGCGUGCGUUUCAAGGGCAAAAAAAAAAAAAAGAAAUUAAAGAAAAGGGGGACACUGAGAGGAGAGCGACCACAAUAACAAAGUGCCACCGUUUUCAUGUGUUUGUGUGUUUGUGUGUGUGUGUUUGUGUGUGUGCGCACUGCUGCAGCUGCACCUCGAUGUCAAGAGAGGAGGAUUGGAGCUUUAUUUAUAAGGGAGGAGGUGGGGAAAGGAGAAACGGUGAGACGCGCCUGGAGAGGAAACGUCACAUUUUCAUUUGGAGCGACAGUGUGGUGAAAACCUGACCGAGCCCAGAUAGAGAGAGGAGGGAUAUGCGGCACUGUCCACGCGCUAAAAAAAGAACCUCGCGGAUCUUUUACCGGAUGAAGCGGAUGAUGUGAUCCGUUUUUACCUCCUUUCCUUUUGUUUGUUUGCUUAAAGACACGCAGGAUUUGACGAUCGCACCACGUUUCAGCGGGAGUCUAUUAAUCCUUGCGUCACGCCGGCUGGAACCCCUCAUUUACCUCACCACCGUCAGAUCAGGAUUAAAUAAAAACUGAACCCAAAACAUAAAAACAGGCCUUGUUUUUUUUUUUAAACAAAGUUAAUAUAAUUUUCAAAAGGAACAAAAAGAAAAAAGGGGGGCCUCUUUUUCUCUCUCCUGGUGCCAAGGUUAUAGGAUCUUACAGAGAAGGGUGUGUUUUUAAUUUGGUGUUAAACUUGUUGGAAACUGAUCCUGGGUAAUGUCUCUGCUGUAAAUAAGAGGCAGAUGCAAAAGAGCAAAGUUAAUAUUCCAACAGUGAUGAUGCCACCCCGGGAGCGCUUCCAGGGCAGGGAGACUGGAGAAUGAAAGCUGGAUUUCUGCGUUUUUAAACAGGAGAAGGAAGCAAAGAGAAGACGUUUAUUUUUUAAAUACUUUUUUAAGUGCGCCUUUUUUGUCUGUUUUUUUUUUUUUUUACUCCCGCACAAUGGGGAUUAUGCUUCAAGUUAUUUUAGGAAUGUUUCAGUUCCUGCUGCUCACCAGAAUACCGACCUUCCACGCCAAGCUUGCUCACUGGCGACCUGCAGACUCCCCCAAAUCCAGAGAAGGUCGAGAAGUGCGGCGCUGGUUGGAAGUGUAUUCCCGCAGCGGCUGCGAGCCUCGAGAAACGCUGGUGGAGGUUUGGAGGGAGCUGCCAGACGAGAUCCACCACCUCUUCAUCCCGUCCUGCGUGUCUGUGAGGCGGUGUGGUGGCUGCUGUGCUGACGAGGCCUUGGAGUGUGUACCUUUGCUCACGCACACACUCACCAUGGAGCUGAUGAGAACGUCCUUCAUGAAACACGAGCUAAUUGAGCUGCCCUUCGUCGAGCACAGUCAGUGCGAGUGCAGAUUAAAAGAACAGCUCCAGCCAGCACCAUCUACAAGGCCCGACCUAAAGCCGGCCAGAAAACAGAAGAAAGGGGAGGGCAGGAGGCCCAAACAGAAGAAGCCCGAGAGAACCGUAACCCAGGCUCCUUCGGCUCCUCCUUCCACGCCCUCUCCUCCUCCUUCAUCGCCUCCUCCUACCACUCUACCUCCUUCGCCCUCUCCCUCCCCGACCCCUCGAUGCCGCCCCUGCAGAGGAAGGAAGUGGGCCCUGGACGCGACGUCGUGUCGGUGCCGCUGCACCGUCAGAGCUGAGAGCUGCAGCCGGAGAGGCCUGAGGCUCAACGGUCGUCGCUGCAAAUGUGAAGCAACCAGGACUUGACAGGUCCAGCCACUUUCUUCCAACUCCACUCGAUUCAUCUCCCGCUCUCAGCAUCAGCAUCGAUGCCCGAACAUCCAGCAUCCCGGACCAACGGGUGUAUUAGUAGAAGCGCACACUAGGACCUGUACGAGUGCACCAUUACACCCUAAACGUGCUGUGUUUCUGCAUGUGUGCGAGCACCCCCCACCCCCACCCCACCCCACCCUCGCCCACCCUUGCUUCCGUGGCAAAGCUUUCAUGUACACGUGUCACACGAGUGGAGGAAGGUAUAAAUGACCACUUUGAGAAGCUCGUGAACAGCGUCUGGAGGCGAACGUUUUCUGCUGUGUCGUUUUAGAGACUGGACGAAAGAGACCAGGUGAAAAAGAAAAAAAAGGAAUGGUUGGACAAAAACAAACUGAAUGAACGGGACAGACAGGUGUGUUAAACAUCAACACUUCAAUGAAAGAUUUCACUAAUUGGCGUCGAGGAAACUGCGAAUUAAGAGGAAUCUCAGCUGCCACGAGCUUUUAAAAGACAGAUAAACUGUGAGACAGAGCAGAAGGAUAUAGGACGAGGACAUGAGCUGGCACCCCGGCGUCUGUGGACUUAUAGCUGAGCUGCCUGCUGGGACGGACGGCGUCUGUGUGGUCUCCUCGCUGAAAGACCCAGAUGGGCUAUCCCCGCACCCGUUCACUCUCAUUCAAAGCGUCUGACCACGGGGCUGGCUCUCCAAGCCGCUUUCCGGCAUUUGUUUAACUCGAGCCCUUUGUGUCCAUCGCUCCUCAGCUCCUCGAUUGAAAGGAGCCGCUUUGCCUCGCUUUUCCUCUCUUCGCCUCUCUUUUGAGGCGGUGAGGAGAAUGACAAUAAUGAGGCCUGGCGGCUCUCCACCGCUUUACACACACACACACACACACACACACACACACACACACACACACACAC